CGACGGAAGGGGAGAAGAGCUCCAGGCUGCGCGAGGGGCGCAUGCGCUCGUGUGUCGCGGUGUGUGCGCGGAGGGGCAGGCAGUUGACUAGGACACAGGCUUCCCAGUGAUGACCAGCCCGUAGCUGAAUUGUGGUUGUGCUGCUAGGGGACUUCAACGUGUUGCUGGUGAUCCCUGAAGAUCCUCCUUGCUGAACUCAAGCGCUGAUGUAUCCCCCUUCCUUGCUCCGGUGUCCAUCUCCUGCAUCCCAGGAUCCUUUCCCCACCGUCGGGAAUGAGGCUGUCUCCUGCCCGUUGGCUCUCAGCCUCGCUCACCACGGGAGAGGGUUCAGGCUGGCGAUCGGCAGCUGAGCAGCGCGGUGCCCGUUAUGGCUGGUUGGUUUAAGCGGCUCCUGCACAAGCCCAAGCCGAGGUCAGUGGAGAACAGCCUCAACACCAGCCGUUCUGCUUCCUCAUCACCUUCCUCAUCCUCUGCUGAGAGCUGCAGCUCUUCUCCCAGCACGAGCCUGACCCGGUCCACCCGCCCAUCACCCAUGUUGAUGUCGGACAUCACCGCCUCAGGCAGCGCCCGCUGGGCUAAGACCUACGAUGUUUGCAUCUGCCACAGCGAGGUGGACCUGGAGGUGGUGGAGGAGCUGGUGUCCUACCUGGAGGGUCAACCUGAAAGCUUCCGCUGCUUCCUCCAGCUGCGGGAUGCAGCGCCAGGCGGCGCGGUGGUGACGGAGCUGUGUGAUGCUGUGCAGAACAGCCACUGCUGGGUCAUGCUCAUCACCCCCGGCUUCCUGCAGGAUCCGUGGUGCAAGUACCAGAUGCACCAGGCGCUGGCGGAAGCCCCAAUGGCCAACGGGCGCACUAUCCCUGUGCUGAAGGACGUGGAUCGGAAGGAUUAUCCCAAGGAGCUGCGAAACCUCUACUACAUCUACAUGAAGGAGAACAGCUUCAGGCAGAUCAGGGACACCGUUGUGCGCUAUCUCCAGGACCUGUGCCGGAGCUCCGUGAGCACAACAGAGUAGUGCACAAUGGAUCUGGAUAUAGUCGCAUCCCAAGGGACCUUGGAGCAGACCUGGGAACUGAACGUGGACACUCGCCUACAUCCCUGGAGGACAGAUGCCCACGUCUGUGUGGCCAAACCCCCCUCAGAGGGGAGAGGGACAUCCUGGUCCCUACUGCUUAUUGUGCAAACACUAAGCUCUGAUGUUCAGAGGCUCCGGGAGAGGGGGGGUGUCUUCAAGGCUCCUGAUGGGGCUCAGACCCUCAGUAAACUGACACAGCGCCUGCCCGGCCUUUGCACGCGUUCUCUGGGACAAUAUAAAUGCAGAAGUUUGACAUUUUGA